UCGGCCCUAGGCCGUGGCGGGCGUAGGCAAAUGAUGGGGAGCUGGGCGUUGAAAGGGCGGCGCUGAUUAGCGAAUCUGGGACCGUCUGGAUGAAAGCCCACUUGUGAUUCGUUCUGAGUAGACCAAAGCCUGCAUGGGCUGGAACCCGCUGGACUGGGAGUAAUCAGCACAGGCCCGGAGAUAGGCCAGAGUCCCAGUGAGUGAUGUGUCCGCUGUGCAACUCUUAAGUGCCUGGUCCUGGGCCUGGGUGAUGUAAUGACAGACAGGCGUCGCCUGGCACUGCCAUGUGCCAGCACUGCCCAGGAAAAAGGGGGGAAGGACGUCUGCAUCCAUUGAUCCCCUUUUCUAUCAGAUGGCUGGCACUGUCCUGGGAGUGGGUGCCGGCGUGUUCAUCUUAGCCCUGCUCUGGGUGCUGGUGCUGCUGCUGUGUGCGCUGUUGUCCAGAGCCUCUGGUGUAGCCAGGUUCUCUGUCAUUUUUGUAUUCCUCGGUGCUGUGAUCAUCACGUCAGUUCUGUUGCUCUUCCCCCGAGCCAGUGAAAUCCCAGCCCCAGCGGUCGAAAUGAAGAUUGUGGAUGCCUUUUUCAUUGGCCGCUACGUCCUGCUGGUUUUCCUUGCUGCUGCCUUCCUUGGAGGUCUCUUUUUGGUUCUAAUUCAUCAUAUCCUGGAGCCAAUCUAUGCCAAACCACUGAGGUCCUAGUGAGCACUGUUCGUAAAAACCAAGACCCUGUUCUCCCCCUCACUUUGAGGGCAUCGAUGAGCAGAAAGGCACUGUUUGGAGCCUUGUUUUGACAGCUCCGUGCCUUACGAUCAGGGGAUUAUCCAUUCAUCGCUAAGAUAAAUGCCUUGAGUCCUGGUUUCCAGACACAGGCUUGCAAAAUUGUCUCUUCGGUGAUAGAGUUUCACUGGUGUAAGAGGGACAUUGCUCUUCCUAGCACCUGUACCUCAGGUUUUCCAUCUGUUUUGUAAAGAAAAUAGUAAGAGAGAGAACUGGUGACUUUGGGGAGUCAUGAGCCGAUGAGGGCCAGGUGCAAUUCAUUCCUUACCCCUGAACUGUCUAUGUCUUAUUCAGUUUGAAAUAGUAACAGUGGUCUGCAUUGAACAGAUUUUCAAUCAAGACAUCAGUAAAGUAGAUUUGAGGAAAAGAGGCACUUGGCUUCUGCUAUCCAGUAAAUGAAAGAAUUUGGUCCUUUUGAUAACAUAUAAAAUUCUCGGUUAUGAGGUUGGGAUCAUUUGGAAAGGAAACACACUCAAAGAUCCAAAGGUUGUUUUAAUGUGAUGAUUUCGAAGACUUACUCAGGUGUUGGUUAUUGACCACUCUGCAUAUCAUGCCACAGAACUCUCUGCAGGCAAUGGCGUUGCGUCCCUCUGCUCUAAUAAAGCGAUUCACACCAACCUAA